CCGGAUUCUCGCUUCUCGGAAAUCUGGGGUUCAGCGGCGCGCUCUCCGAUUUCGAACUGGAAGAUCUCGCCAUCUAUGAGCCAGAUCAAUAUUAUUCUACCUUCGUUGAGCCGGUGGAAUCCUCCGGCCCCAUUUCCAUCCCGGCAAGUGGUCAGGGUGCGGCGGUGACGUUUGAUCCGCAGACUCCAUUAUUCUUUGAAAUUCCUCCAUUCGCUCGCGAGGCGAAGGGGAAAAUGAAAGGCUCAAAGGCUAAGGAUAUAUUUGACAUCGCAAGGGAAGAGAGAUGGUUCGAGUCUGGGGGAUUCUGGAAAGUCCAAACUGAUGAAGAGAUCGAGCGUCGAUGGGGGGAAACACGGUCAGAACUGCUGCAUAAAUGCAAAAAACGACAUCGAGAAACGGUCAAACAGUCGAGAAGACGCCUCGGGAAGAGUGCUUCACGUGUCAACCCGAUGGUGGUCCAAAUAUAAGGACAAGAUUCGAUUCUUUUUGCGAAUGGGAGCGGGAGGGAGUGCAGACACCCAGCGAUAUCGGCUUUCAUAAGGUGAAUGAAAGCUCUAUUUUCCCUGCACUCUUAUUAGUGUUACCUACUAUAGUUGCCAAUAGCUUCACCCAGAUACAGCCUGUAUCAAAGUGCUCACGACGCGUAUCACAUAAUAUUGUCCAUGGUCUGA